AUGGCAGAUGCCAGCACAGCCACUGCCAACAGCGCCAGCAGGAGGGUGCAUCCAGAAGGCAUGGAUCAGGAGGCAGGGCUGCUGGCGCAGCUUGCAGAGGUUCCCCUGGCCAGCAAGGCCUGGAUCCGGCCUCUUCAGGGAAACGAUGCUCUGAUCUCUGUACGCAGUCUCUCACACCCACAAUUCAAGUCUCAUCUGGCCCUCAUUAAAUUUGUGAUCUUACCUGUUCAGGUACAGUACAGCCAGCGUAAUCUGGCAGCGAAUGCACAGAGAAAGUACACUGUGCCUUACAUGUUCCCUGCCAGUAGUGGUGAGGCGGUGCCCGGCUUUCCAAUGGAGCUCAAAGACGUCCUUCUCUUCUCUCCUUCACCCUCAGGCAAGCGGACGCUGGUAGUAAGGGCGGGGAAGGAGGGAACAUCGGUCGUGCUGGAGAUCUGGGGCAGCCAGAGCCUGAUCAGGGAGCUGCAUGUGCCCACCAAAGUGCACGGCUCGGUCUUCAACGACGGCUGGUUCUCGGCGGGUGCUUCCUGGGACCCUCAAGAGCAGCGCAUUGCCUACGUAGCAGAGGCGCCAGCGGAUGUGGAGACGCCCGAAUGGGGCGGCAUAUUUGAAGCGGCCACUGAUGGCAACAGUAGUGAGGGGCCCAAGGAGGAGAAGGGCGCUGCCCCCAAGAGCUGGCGAGGGCUGGGCGAGUGGCAGGAAGACUGGGGUGAGCUGUACACCGGCAAGAAGGCGCCGGCGCUGUUUGUGCUGGACCUGGGAUCCUGGAAGGUGCAGGGGCUGAAGGGAACACCCCCGGAGUCCAGCGUGGGGCAGCCUGUCUGGUCCCCCACAGGGGAGGAUCUCGUCUACGUGGCUUGGCCGCACCGUGCGCCGAAUCUGCCGACGCUGCCGGGGCGGCUGGGGAUUGCCGAGGAGACCAGAAAGCUGACACCAGGCCUCGUCAGUGCGCUGAGCCCGAGGUUCUGCCCUGAGGGGAAAACAUUGCUCUUCAUGUCACACGAGGCCGCCGCCACAACCGGCACGCACGCUGCCACUGCCGCCCUGCACACCCUCAACUGGCCGCCAUCAGGCGGCAAAGAACCGGCCCCAAAGCUGCUGACAGGGGUGGUACAGUCACCCGGCAGCGAUACAGCGGCGUUCCCUGGCAUCUACGCCACCUCACUACCGGAGCAGCCCUUCUUGGACGGCCGUUUUGCGCUCGUAAACACCCAGUGGGGCAACCGCAGCGAAAUCGCUGCAGUGGAUUUGAGCAGCGGAGAUGUGACUGCGCUUAGUCAGCAGGAGUGCUGGCCUGGAUCCUGGGCGCUGCUCGGCUGCCAUGCAGGAUGGAUUGUGGCGUCUGCGUCAGCACCCAACAGGGUCCCAGAUAUCAUAGUCGCCAAACUCGGCCCCGGGCAGGAUAUAAGCGCGCUGACAUGGCGCCAGCUGGCGCUUGGCCAGCAGCCGCCAGCUGGCAGCCCUCUCCUGUCCCUGGGAAGUUUGCAGGUCCACAAGCGAGAGUUCACGGGCACCGACGGCGUUGCCUUUGACGCGACGCUCAUCCUGGGCAGGCCACAAGAGAAAGCCCCAGGCAUCCUGUUCCUUCACGGAGGGCCCCACACAGCCUACCCGGCCGGCUAUAUGCACUCGCUCGCAUUCCUGGCAUCCCUUGGAUACAACUUGGUGGUGCCAAACUACAGGGGCUCGACGGGGUAUGGGGAGGACAGCAUCCAGUCGCUGCCAGGUUACAUCGGCACCAACGAUAUCGCGGACUGCAUGACCGCGCUCGAUGCAGCCGUCAGCGAAGGUCUGGUGGACGGGGGGAGGGUGGCGGUGAUAGGGGGUUCCCACGGCGGAUUUCUGACAGGCAACCUGGUGGGACAGCAUCCCGAGAGGUUCAGAUGCGGCGUGCUGAGGAAUCCAGUCAUGGACAUCUCUCUCAUGGUGCAGCUCAGCGACAUCCCCGACUGGUGCUACGUCGAGGCCUGGGGAUCCAAGGAUGGCCUCAAGCGGGCGGCGGUGAAGCCAACAGCAGAGGACAUCGAGCGUUUCAGGCAGGUCUCACCGAUUGCGCAUGUGGACAAAGUCACGGCGCCGCUGCUCUUCAUGCUGGGAGCCAAGGACCGCAGGGUCCCACUGGUGGACGCGCAGCAGUAUGUGAAGGCGUUGAGGGCGAGAGAGGGUGCACCAGACGCGCGGAUAUGGGUAUUUCCAGAGGACACCCAUUCACUCGAUAAGCCGCAAACAGACUAUGAGCAGUGGCUGAACGUUGCAUGGUGGCUCAAGCAGCACAUGGGCUGA